AAGGGGUGGAGCCUCAAGGAACAGAGGGGAUAGAGAGCAGCUACUCUGAGUCUUCAACGCAUACUCCUCUGUGUCUCAGCUAGAAGCCAGGAUGUGCACAGUGCUGUCAACUGUUUACCUGUUCAGCACCUUUACACUUCUGGCGCUGGGUGCACCAGCAGGGACAGAGGGACCUUUGGUGUCCUUGAAAAAUGGCAAAGUCCGGGGUGGUUACGUGUCCGUGAACGGCACAGAGGCAAGAGCGCAGCAGUACCUGGGAAUCCCCUUUGCCCGACCUCCAGUGGGGCCCCUGCGCCUGGCUAACCCCCAGCCGGCGGAGGCCUGGGAGGGGGAGAGGGACGGCACACGGCAGCCUCCAAUGUGUAUUCAGGACCCAGCCUUUGUUUCUCUGGUGUCUAAGAUUAUGUCGAUCGAGGUCACAUCACCAGACGUAUCAGAAGACUGUCUCUAUCUGAACGUCUACACUCCGGCCAGCGCGGUAGCGGGGGACAAGCUGCCUGUGAUGUUGUGGAUCCAUGGUGGGGGCUUGACCAUCGGGGCGGCCUCUCAGAGCGACGGCUCUCCAUUGGCAGUCUAUGAAAACAUGGUGGUGGUCUUGAUCCAAUAUCGCCUGGGAAUUCUCGGGUUCCUGAGCACUGGAGAUGAGCAUGCCUGGGGUAACUGGGGGUUCUUGGACCAGCUCGAAGCCUUGAAGUGGGUGCAGGAGAACAUUGAGGCCUUUGGGGGAGACGCCGGGUCAGUGACCAUCGCUGGGGUUUCAGCAGGAGGCAUCAGUGCAUCCAUCCUGACCCUUUCACCCCUAUCCCAUGGACUAUUUCAUAAGGCAGUAUUCCAGAGUGGAGUAGCCACACUGGGAAAAUAUACUUCAAAUCAGCCAAUGGAACAAACCAAGAUUGUGGCUAACCUGACGGGCUGUGACUACGCUGACACAGAGCAGUUAGUCAGCUGUUUCCGAGGGAAAAGUCAACAGGAGCUAAUUGAUGCUACCAAAAAGAUGAAGGUGUAUCUUGGAGGAACGGUUGAUGGGAUGUUUCUGACUGAUGUUGCUGAAGAGCUGCUGAAAAAUAAAGAGAUGAUGAAGAUUCCUGUGAUGUUGGGAUUGACCAAUCAUGAGUUUGGAUGGAUCCUGCCUAAUACUUUUGCGCCUCCUGGCUGGCAAAACGGCAUGAGCAGAGAGAGGGUGCUGGCUGUGAUGAACCUUUUCAAUCCACCAGGGGCAACAUUUGCCAAUUCCUUGAUCGCAGAUGAAUAUCUGAAAGGUGCCCAAACUCCGGAGGACAUCCGAGACGGCUUCACCGAGAUCCUUGGGGACCUAUUGAUGACAAUCCCUGUCCUCGGGGUUGCUGGCUACCACAGAGAUGCCGGCGUUCCAGUGUACUUGUAUGAGUUUAUCCACCGUCCGGAGGUGCACAACCUGACCAGACCCAGCUUUGUGAAGGCCGACCAUGCGGAUGAGGUGGGAUUCAUGUUUGGUGGAUGCUUCUGGAACGGGCAUAUAAAGAUCACAGGCACAAUCACCACAGAGGAGGACAUGCUUUGUAGGACCAUGAUGUCCUAUUGGGGUAACUUUGCCCGCACUGGCUCUCCUAAUGGCGCUGGGCUGGUGCAGUGGCCUCAGUAUGACAUCCUGAAGCAAGAAUACAUGGAGCUGGGCCUGAAGCAGACUGUGAAAGAAAAAUUGAAGUUUGAGAAGAUGAACUUUGCUAGGGUCACUCUGCCUCAGAAGAUGCAAGACUUAGCAAUAGCCGCAGCAGCAGCCAGCACAGGAAACUAAUCACUGGUGCUUUUGAAGUUAGCUAGCAUAACGGAUCCUGGAAUUCUGGGGCAUGUAUUCCCUGUCAUCAGUUGCCUGACAUUUUGUGUAUGUGUAGUUGAAAAGUUGUUGCAAUUAGUCACUCUGGAAUGGCGUGCUUUCUAGGGUCCACAAGGAAUAUAAUUGAACACAGGUCAAUGCAAAACCUUUUGUUAAUGACUGUUUGAAGGAAAGAAAUGUAAAAGAGUAAUUCAUAUUCUUCCCAAAAGUAAUCCACUACACCUUUUGGUGAUUCUACUUCAUCUGUUGGAUUUUUAUAACUAAUUGACAACUAAAAAAACACGUAUAUUAUGUAUAGAUAUUAUAUAAUGUGAUAUGAUAUUAUGUUAUAGUAUUGUAUUGUAUUAUAUUAUUGUAUAUCAUAUUAUAUCUUCUAUCAUGUCUUAUCAUAUCGCACUCACUUGUCAAAUGAUUUCUCAUUGGAAGACGUUCUGCGACGUCAUUGGGUUCCCCAACGUCACAUUUUCUUUGAUCUGAACAUGCGCACAUCGGCGUACUGAGCUAAACGACGCACACAGGAGGGUUCCGACCACCAGAGACCACAUCUUCACCGUUACCUGGUACGCUUGAGUAGGUACAGAUGUCAUUAUUAUUACUAAAUGUCUUUAACUAGUAUAUGAUAUUUUAACGCCAUCAACGGGGACAUUAUUCCUUACGUCACGAUAGCAUACUAUUUUCGCUGUCCGUUCUUAUGUUUCGCAUUCAAAAUAGUCUGAAUCAAUGAUUAGUCAUCAAUCGUUAUCAGUUGCUCCAAGUUCACUGGUUUCGUGGUAGUAAUUUUUUAGAUGCUCCCGGUCCGAUAGGCGUUUAAAUGUAAAGCACUGGCACACCGUGCAUUAUGUUACAGGAAACGUCAGCCUAUUGUUGUGUUUGUUUAGUGGUGUUUGUUGCUGCUGUAGCAUGCAGGAGGGCUAUUUCAAGACCGCUGCUGUAUGUGGCUGUUGUUCUUCCUGAUGAGGAAUCAUUGAUCUGCUGUUAAGUGCGUAGAGCAGCCAUGUGUGUUGUCGCCUUUCAAUUCAUGCAUGUACUCCAGUAUAAAAAGUUACCGUUGAAUA